AUGCACAGGCCUCUGUCUUUUGCGGCAAGCGCGGUCCUCGCAGCAGUCUCCGCCUCGCGAUGUCUAGCGGCCACCACUGUGUCAGUCAGUUCGACUGCUAGCCAUUCCAUUCCCACGACCCUCUUGCUUCAAAAUCGAGCGUUCCAGCAAGUGACUCCGGGCACCUCCGAUGCACUUGAACCCUGGGAGGCCAUCAACGGUGCCAACAUCACUGUCAUCGCGGACUCGGACCCCGUCUCUUCAGCAUUGCCCAAUUCUUUGAAAUUCGUCGUUCCCUCUAAUGCGAGCGGAUCAGUCGGCUUCAGUAAUGAGGGCUACUGGGGCAUCAACGUGAAUGCGUCAUGGACGUACAAUGCAUCGCUCUACUAUCGCUUCCCUAGUUCAUCCACCUUUUCCGGGAAGCUCACAUUAGGCCUGGAGUCCUCCGCGGGCGACGUGUUGGCGUCAAACUCAACAACGAUCAUCGGGAGCCAGACGAUCUGGAAGCAGAUCGCGCUCGAGCUGACGCCGUCGUAUAGCGCGUUGAACAACAAUAACAGCUUCUUCGUGACAGUCAACGGUUCGGAGGCCGCCGGAGAGACGAUCCACUUUGCGAUGUUCUCGCUGUUCCCUCCAACGUACAAGAACCGACCAAAUGGCAUGAGGAUUGACAUCGCUGAGACGCUAGCUGACAUGAAGCCUGCCUUCUUCCGAUUCCCCGGUGGCAAUAAUCUCGGUCAAACAUGGGCCACCAGGUGGCAAUGGAAUGCCACUGUCGGACCUCUGCUUGACAGGCCAGGCCGUGUCGGUGACUGGGGCUAUGUGAAUACCGAUGGUCUCGGUCUCUUGGAGUAUCUCACGUUCCUCGAGGAUGUCGGCACGGAGCCGUUCAUGGCUGUCUGGGCUGGCUAUUCUCUCGGUGGAGAAAGUGUCCCUGAAGACGACCUCUCGCCGUACAUUCAGCAGGCCAUCGAGCAGAUCGAAUUCGCAGUCGGGGAUGCGAAUACCAGUUCAAUUGCUGCACUGAGAGCAGAGUAUGGGCACCCUGAGCCGUUCAACGUCACCUAUGUCGAAAUCGGAAACGAGGACUUCUUUGCAUCAGAUUCCUAUACCUAUAGGUGGCCUGCCUUCAUAGGGUACCUGAGCGCAGCAUAUCCGGACAUCAACUAUAUUGCUACCACGUACCCGUUCAAUCCCAUCAUCUCACCCACGCCAAAGCAAUACGACGUUCAUGUGUAUCAGACACCUGAUUGGUUCAUCGAAAACGCUUUCUAUUAUGAUAAUUUUGAGCGUAACGGAACGAGGUACUUCCAGGGCGAGUAUGCCUCAAUCCGCUUUCUGUAUCCCACCGUUCUAAGCUCCACUGCCGAAGCGGCAUACAUGACGGGAUUCGAGCGAAACGCUGACAUCGUCUUUGCUGCGUCCUAUGCACCUCUGUUGCAGGUCAGAGAAGUCACUCAGGUCACAAUACCAUGUAUAUUAACUCUUUGCAGUGCUUCCACUGUCGUGAGGUCGACAGCCUACUACGUUCAGCAACUAUUUAGCCUGAACGUCGGCGACGAAUAUCUGCCUAGCACGCUGCCGACACAGAACGGGACUCUCUAUUGGUCAAUCACCAGGAGCUCUUCGACUGGAGACGUGUACAUCAAGCUUGUCAACGUUGCCUCGUCCGAGACAGACGUGACGUUCGAGAUGCCAUUUGAUGUGGCGAGCACCGGAACUUUGAAACUUCUGACUGGCAAACCGGAUGAUAGCAACACUCCGGACGCGCCGGAUUACAUCACCCCGGGGACCAGCACGAUAUCCACAGGUUCGACGCUCAACUACACCGCUCCCGCUUAUAGUCUAAGCGUGAUUAUCCUGAGCACGUCCUAA